AUGUCUGCACCGCCCGAGAUUUCCGAUGACAAAGGCGCCAGAGCUCCUCUGCCUGCCGACCAGAAACACCCGCAGGAGCACGUUGUCGAUUCCGAAACCAGCAGCGAUGAGGAAAGUGUUCGCAUUCAAGAUGGAGUCAAGCGUGUGGAGGCCAUCACUCAGGCCUGGACCAUGAAGGCUCUCUUCAUCACCGGAAUUUUCAUCUACAUCUGCUCUUUUGUCAACUCGUUGCAGCAGCAAAUCACGACCAACCUUGGUGUCUACGUCACUUCCAGCUUCAUGCUGCAUUCGCUGUACUCGACCACCAGCGUUUUGUCUAGUGUCAUUGGCGGUGUCUCCAAGUUUCCCAUCGCAAAGAUCAUCGAUAUCUGGGGCCGUGUUGAAGGUUUCAUCCUCAUGACUUUCCUGUGCACCAUCGGUCUCAUCAUGAUGGCGGCUUGCAAAAAUGUCGAGACCUACGCCGCUGCUCAGGUCUUCUACUGGGUCGGUUACAACGGCAUGGGCUACGUUAUCAACAUCUUCUUGGCCGACAUGACUUCGCUACGCAACCGGAUGAUCUUCUACGGCCUCAACUCGACACCGUUCAUCGCCAACGUCUUUGCCGGUCCCGCCAUCGCCCAGCUGUUCUACGAGCACAGCUCCUUCCGCUGGGCUUUCGGCUGCUUCGCCAUCAUCGUUCCUUUCAUCGCUGCGCCCGUCGCCGGCAUGUUCAUGUACAACAACAACGUCGCCAAGAAGAAGGGCCUCCUACCUCCCAGACCCGCCAGCGGCCGCACCCUCGGCCAGUCAUUCUACUACUAUGCGCGGGAGUUUGAUCUUAUCGGACAAUUCUUGCUGAUUGCCGGUUUGUGCUUGCUGCUCAUCCCCCUGACGCUGGCCGGCAGCGCCGUGAACAGGUGGGGCACAGGCUACAUCAUUGCUAUGCUGGUCGUCGGCUUCGUGCUGCUGGUUGUGUUCGUGCUGUACGAGCGCUUCCUGGCGCCCGUCACCUUCAUGCCGUACAAGUACAUGAAAGACCGCACCGUCUUCGGCGCCUGCGUCCUGUGCGGCACGCUCUUCGUGUCCUUCUACUGCUGGGACCUCUACUUCUCGUCCUACCUCCAAGUCGUCCACAACCUCAACAUCCGCGACUCGGGCUACAUCCUCAACAUCUACAGCCUGGGCUCCUGCUUCUGGGCGCCCUUCGUCGGCGUCCUCAUCCGCAUCUCCGGCCGCUUCAAAUGGCUCGCCCUCUGCGCCGUCCCCGUCUCCACCCUCGCCACCGCCCUGCUCAUCUACUUCCGGCACCCGGGCACCAACAUCGGCUACGUCGUCAUGUGCCAAAUUCUCUCCGCCUUCGCCGGCGGCACGCUCGUCAUGUGCGAGCAACUCGCCGCCAUGGCGGCCGUGCCGCACAACGAGGUGGCCGCGGUGCUGGCGCUGGAGGGCAUGUUCACAAGCAUCGGCGGGUCGAUCGGGCAGAGCAUCAGCGGCGCCAUCUGGACGAAUAUGAUGCCGCAGAAGAUGCUGGAGUAUUUGCCGGAAAGCGAGAAGGCGAAUGCGGCGAUGAUUUAUGGGAGUUUGCCUAUGCAGCUUGCGUUUCCGGUGGGGAGCCCGGCGCGGGACGCGAUUAUUGCGGCGUAUGGGUAUGUGCAGCGGCGCAUGCUGAUUGCGGGCGUGGCGUUCAUGCCGGUGGCGCUGGGGUGCGUGUUGUUGUGGCGGGAUAUUAAUGUUAAGAAGUUGCAGCAGACGAAGGGGAAUGUUUUCUAG